GCAUCUUUUCCCGCCUCCCAGAGUUGAUCUGCUAUUGCUGCUGGAAAGUCCGGAAUACUCAGGGUGGAGGAGGGGAAAGGAGGCGACCCUAGACCGCGAGACCAUAACACCCAAAUUGAGACUGGAAGUGGCCUCCCACGUGACCCAAAAAAUUGCCGUACCUUUGGGUAGACUACUGUUUUACAGGAAGAUGACUGAAAGUAGCGGAAAGGAAAAAAGUAAAUGGACUACAACUGUAAUUAUGAGCUCAUCUCUUCAGAGUCACGAAGUCGCAGCCAUCUUAAAAAAUGAGAACCAUAGAGUUCGUUAUUCAAAUUCAGUAGAACCUGGAUCCAUUAUUUUUUCUCUUUCUGGGGUAGCAUUUUUACUAAUUGAUGCCCAGGAGUGUUUUAGGACAACUGAAGAAACACUUUUGGCCAGAAUUGAAAAGUUCAUAAGGAUCCACCGGAACAGUUUUUUGGCCCUUUCCUCCGCCCUCCAUGGCCCUGGAGAAUGGAGGCUGAUGUCUAGGAUUCAGCAGAGAUUCCUGGGCGAUAAUUUACGCAUCGUUCCAGUUCACAACCCGGGCAACGCUGUUAAACUUAUGACUACCAUAGCCAAGAGCACUUGCAAACCAUAUAGUGACAACAUUCAUUAUAGAAUGAUUUUGGCUAAAGCGCAGAUCAUAGAGCAAAGUCCUGUAUGGAGGACGCUUCAGAAGCUACAACUGGAUGGUGACUCCCUUAACAUGAAUUAGUGUUACCAUUAAAACGUGGUUAUUUCCCUCAUAGCCAAGUUCAUCCUGUUUUGUGCGCAUACAAAUAAGUACCGAAGAUAUUAGAACGAUCCCACUCGAGUGUAAGGGCAGUUACAGAGCUAGUCGGAAUAAGGCCACGUAAUAUCCCAAGGAGAAGAAUCCCGGCAGUGGUCUUCCAGAUGCUCCUGUCUUUGGAUAAUAUUAUCUAAAUAUUGAGAUCAGAAAGAGAGGAAAUUGGUCUACUGAUAAUCCACACAGGAAAAGCUAAAUGGACCCAAAACGCCUGUUGUCAGGUCUAAGGCCAUUUGGAAUGCCAGUGAAUGGACAGUGAAUGGGACCCAAGACUGAUCAGAUCUUAUCUGAGACAUCGUGUGGGACUUUUACAGUGACUAAGCCGCUCCUCGGCACAGAACCCCUUGUGAAUGGUCUCGGACUUAAGAAUUUAAAAUGCUACUAAAAACACCUUUUGGCUGAAAUUUCCAAACUCAUUACUUGUUACCAAAAGUCAAGAAUUAUUGACUGUCAAGUUAAGGGAAAUAUGCUUUACACAAAACGAAAGCUCUCUACUGUAAAUAAGUUGUGAAGGAAAAGGAGAGUAGCAGCAUUUAUUUUCUAGCAGCAAGUGCUUAGUGCCUGAGAUAAACUUUUUAAAAGACAUGAAAGUAACGUUUCCACCCAGAAUGAACAAAACAAUUUCGUGGUUCUACAGCUACUCCAGCUCUUCAGGCAGGGAGGCUUCAUUUUAGCCGAGCUGUUUCUUCAGAUGUAGUUUUUGUUUUCAGUUCAAUGAGUUCUUCUACUCGGGCCAGAACACUUUCUAUUAAAUCAAAUGUGAAAAGAGCUGAAUGGAGAACCUAAAA